AUGGGGAGAGAGACACGCGAACUCCAAAUAUACAUUCAUAGUACAGGUUUGUUUGGGUUAGAUCGCGUGAAUAUAUAAAUGUGUCGUUAAACCCACUCCCACCCGACACAGCCAACUAGUAAGGUUUGUCACGUAAACAGAACGUGCCAAUUCGUCACUAGUACAGCACAACCGGUUGUGUAUUGGAGAGUCAAGCCACAACAUUUACAAUCUGAUUACGAUGUUUCUCCAGUAAUUGCAACUAGCUUCAUCAGGCGACAGCCGAAUGUGUAUUUUGUCACGGUUUUUUGGUUGUUAUACAAUCGCAGGGCUUGUUUGCUUCAUGAUGAGGACAGCUUUUAGAUUCGUUACCCUUUGAGAGCUUCAGGAUAGAUAAUGUGGGAUGUUUUGCCAUUUGGUGGGUUUAAUCGAAUGAAGCUUAAAUUUUGCCAUAUAUGUCGACAGAAAAUUGGUGGAAGAGCUCUUUGCAUCUCAAGAAGAGAUUGAAGCUGCCGUUUCACACCAUGAUCCUGAAGGCACAGAAGUCCAUUGCGAAAAUCGUAUUUUGUGUUGACAAGCCUGUUGCUGGGUCAGUUUGGCCAAGUAGGAAAUGGUAGCCAUCAUCACCUUGCCAGAAAAUCAGUGGAUAUUGAAGAGCACCAUGGGGUCGCUGUUUUUCAUUUCUGUGUAGGGUAUUAUUCCUCAGUUAUAAGACAAUGCCUCAAGUGCCAUGUUAUUCAGCAGUCAGAAUGAAAGCGACUUCAGAUGUUGAUGACAUCGUUGCAAUGCUGGUUAGCCUGUCUAGUAUUGUCAGACAUGCAAGUAGAUCUGUGGUAAUGUAGGUAGGUCAUUAGGUAAUGGCAGCAGACUGCCAAUGCGAUUAUGUAGCUGGCCCUGCAGUUAAAAUUUGGGCAUGGAGCCAGAUGUUGGAUUGAGUUGGUUGGUUGUCAAAACAUGUAAUUUGGAAGCGUGAGUUCUACUAUUGUUGGUUCGGAAAUGGCUUGCAUAGGCAGUGUUGCCAGGUAUCAAUACAUGAAUAGGCUCGGGAUGGUCAUUAAUUUAACUUUAUGGUAAUUACCGUAAUUAAAUGCUUUUUGGCGACUGUCCCAACGCGCACAUAAAUGGCGUGGAUCAUUCUGUUGUCAUGUCGUCCAAGCGCAGCGAGGACGAAUGCGCAGAAGAGCUGAACAAGCGAAUGCACUCCAUGCUCGGCUGGCGUUUCCUCUACAGAAUUGGUGUGAUGGAGCAAAUGCACUCAGCGCAGCUCAGUACAAAAAGGCAGCAAUGUGACCAGUAUGCAAAUAGCUCGGAUCGUCCUGGAAACUUGACACAGCACCAGAGAACACACACAGGAUAUAAACCCUUCAAUUGCACUGUGUGUGCGAAGGCAUUUUCACAGUCAUCAGGUCUUCAGAGGCACCAGAGAAUACACACUGGAGAGAAACCCUUCAAGUGCACUGUGUGUGAGAAGGCAUUUUCACAGUCAUCAGUUCUUCAGAGGCACCAGAGAACACACACGGGAGAGAAAUCUUUCAGGUGCACGCUGUGCGGGAAGGCGUUUGCAUUGUCAUCACAUCUUCAAAUACACCAGAGAACACACACAGGAGAGAAACCCUUCAGGUGCACUGUGUGUGAUAAGGCGUUUGCACAGUCAUCGGAUCUUCCGAGACACCAGAGAACACACACGGGAGAGAGAUCUUUCAGGUGCACGCUGUGCGGGAAGGCGUUUAAACAGUCACCACAUCUUCAAAAACACCAGAGAACACACACAGGAGAGAAACCCUUCAGGUGCACUGUGUGUGAUGUGGCGUUCGCACAUUCAUCACAUAUUCAAAGACACCAGAGGACACACAGGCAUCAGAAGAUCCUCAAGGAGUGGAGUUUGAAAUUGGCUUGUGAAAGUCAAAGUGCUGCAAUGAGCCCAUCCCUCAUGAAACAAGAAGCAGAAUAUAAUCCCAGCUUGGACACUUUGAAAGGUAUCAAGGUGAAAUAUGAAGAGGCGAAGGUGAAAUGUGAAGAAAUUACAGUGAAGAGCGAAGAAAUGAAGGUAAAAUGUGAAGAUGAAGAUUCAACUCCAAAAUCAGACCUUCACAUCGAUGGAGGCAACGUGAAGCAGGAGGAGAUUUCUGACUCUGAAGCAGAGCGAGGCAACUUCCCAAAGUUUGUGGAAGUGGAGGUGUGGAUGGACUUCUUAGACAAUACAAAGUCAAAUGGAGACCCUGUCGAUAUGUAAGCUUGAGACAAUACGCUUCCAAUAGAUUCACCUUUGUCAGGCCUUUCAUUAAUUUUGACUUAAAACUUUCGUAACUGCAGGAAUUCAUAUGCUUUGGUUCUUUCGGUAAAGUCACGUAGAUAGAAAUUAAAUUAAAGCAAAAAACCCACGACGUUUCGAUCGCAACACAAGCACCUAAAUUCUACCUUUAAUGAAUGUCAAGUUGAACACUCGGUUCCUAGGUUUAACCUACAGAGUAAGAGCAGCCAGUAUUUGUGGACCUGUGAGUUGGCUAGAUCUCUAACCAGGAGUGAGAGCCAAUAAACUUCCAAGCAUUCACUAUCUUAUAUAUACAUGUCAUUUUCUGUCUGUGUGUGUGUGCACAAUUGUGAGAGAUUUGGCUCUCAAAUCGUAUGGUUUAUGUAAAAAAAAUAGCCAGGUACCACUCCGUAAGCCCCGUGGUGAGUAAACGAUAUUUCCUUUUCCCCGUCCAUCAACUUUAAAGUCGUUAAAUUAGCUAUUUAGUGUAGUUUCCAUUUAUUUAUUAAAUAGCGCGUGAUCGGCCAUACCAACUCACACGCAUUUGGUGGGGGGGGGGGGAAGGCCCCUACCAAGUCACGCAUUCGGUGGGGGUAAGGGGGACAUUUUCUUUAGUGUUAAACAUGCUAAAUUCCCCCCAUUCCCCACCCCGAUUCGUGCAGUUACUACUAUAGAGUCACAUAGAUACUAAUAUAGCAUUAUUGUAGCGCGGGCAGAGGGAUGGUGGGGGGGGAUAGCGGCCCAGCCUGCGAAGAUGCCACCUCUGUCAGGUUAGUAGUUUGGUCACACCACAGUCAGUAUGCUCUGCUGUAGUGAAAGCAGGUACCACCACAGUAUGCACUCCUGUAAUCAUAGCAAGCACCACCACAGUUGGUAUGCACUGCUGUUAUAGUAGGUACCAUCACAGUAUGCACUGCUGUGGUGAAAGGUACCCACCACAGUGGGUAUGCACUGCUGUAAUCAUAGAAGGUACCACCACAGUAUGCACUGCUGCAGUGAAAGCAGGUCCCACCACAGUAUGCACUGCUGUAAUCAUAGCUGGGACCACCACAGUCGGUAUGCACUGCUAUAAUCAUAGCAGGUACCACCACAAAUAAGAUGGUUCAAAUAAGUGUAGUUACAUCUUUUUUGCAUGGUUAAUUACAUCUUUCCAAUGAUUACUCAGUUUGUAACCCUCAUCACGGUUGAAAUUAUGUCUGUGUUUGUAUAUUUGUAUGGCUUCGUGUACAAACCUUUGAUGGUAGCCAGGAGGUUUGCAGAGCACCUUGGUCUCGGAAAAGACAAUUUCAUGAGAGCCCACAGAGUUGUAGCAAUGAUCAGCAACAGCCGAAGAAUCAGUUCUGCCGUGUUUCAGAUCUGACUUGUGCUCGCGGACACGAUCAGAAACAUGACGUUUCGUUUCUCCAAUGUAGCAAUCACCACAACUGCAACUCAAUUUGUAGACUCCAGGAUACUGUAAGUCAGGAACGACAUCCUUCACAGAUGGAAUCAGAUCACGGAUUUUAUGCACUGUACUGAAUCAGACUUGGAUCUUAUGUUUGUUUAGGCUCAGUCCUUUAUUAUGCAGUCUACUCUUGGUCUUAAGCCUCACCUUACCAUAUUUUGCGAGUUCAGAUGCUGGUGUUACUGAUAGGUUUCUUAGCAUUUUUAAGGAUGGUGGCAAUUUCAAAUCUAGCAACGUCUGUCACGAUGUGUCGCAAGCCUUUCAGGGCUACGUCGACUGGGGGAUUAUAUCCACUGGGAUAUGUUUAGGGGUGACUGCGAAAUUCAACCUCUUAGCUCGUACCGAUUUUAGGCUGUCUGAAAUUUGGAUAUUACUCUGAUUGAUGACAAUCUUGUUGACAUCUAACUUUUGAACGUGUGGCUCUGGCUUCUUUUUUGACAGGAGGUUGAAUUUAGCGAUCAAGUUAACUUUGGUUGACAUUGAAUUAGCAGAGGAGACUGUCAUGUUAUCUACAUGGUCCCAAUCAGAAGUGGACAUUUUUUCUGUUAAUUGUAAGUGUGAUUGUAAGACAGUCUUGUCUAAAUGAUCAAGUUCAAAUCGGAGCAAUCUUUUUCUCUCUGAGAUUAGCGAUAGGCUGGCUUUAAACAAGAUCCGUUUAGCGUUAGAAAUCACAGCAGCAGAUGUGAGUGUAUCGCGGCAUCUCUUGACUUUACUGAAAGAACUAAAGAGUAUAGAUUCCUGCAGUCACAAAAGCUUCAAGUCAAGAUUCACCUUCAAAUAGUUCAAAACCACUGCUCUGAUACUUUAUUUUCUUCUGCUUUCACUCACUGGGGUUGUACUCAAUUUGAAUUCUAUACAAUAUCUGGAAAAUCACAGAAAAAUGUAGAAAUUUUAUCAUAAUUUAGAAGAAAAAAUGUGACUUACCUUGUUUCAAGAGCUGAAGAAAUAAAAAACACCAAAAACACUUUGUUGCUGCGUAGAAAGAUUUAAUUAACUUUUUCAAUAAAGAAACGUCAAAUUUAAAGUGAAUUUGCGUAAAAAUAUUUUUAUUUCCGCUCGACCAUCUUCUGCGGGAGUGUAAAAAUCCACCCGCUCAUGAUUAUUGACCGGGGGGUGGGGGGCUUCUUUUACAGUGACGUUACGUACAGAUGUAAAGAUGUAGCAGUGUGCUGCGUAUAUUUAUUUAUUUUACUUUGCGUAAUUUUUUUUUAUUCAGCUCGACCCUUCCUCUGCGUUAGUGUAUCAUGAAUAUUAAUGAGGAGGGGUGGGCCUUAUGCAGAUUGACGGCACGCGGGGGAGGGGGGGUGACGUCAAGCGUGGGACACACACAAUCUUGGAUUAUAGUAGUGUAAUAAAAGACUCCGUCAGGCGAUGCUGGUCUCCGUUUGUCUUUUAUUUAGGUUCUUCUCCGCACCCCCCACUGGCCUCCUCCCGGACCAGUGUCGUCUCGCGCGCGCCCCGCGCACGCUCUCUCUCUCGCGUGCCACCCACGCUCUCUCACGCGUGCCCCACACGCUCCUCCGUUAGCUCCUCUAUUCCCGCACUCUGCAGACCGCUGGCCGACGGCGUGCAGAGGUCCUUCUGCCACGUGGCCGAUGGUGCGAAUCUUUCCUCACCACCCAACGAGGCUCAGCCUCUUAACUUCCCCGACUGCCCCGAUAUCUUCC